CAUCAUGGUUUAAGGGUGAUCAUCCUAGCAUGCAUUAUAUACAUAAUAUACAUUAUAUUGCCAAUAAUAUGAAUGCUGCCAUGGAAUUGGCCAAUCCUACAUGGAAAGACGAUAUUUAUAUGUGGCGUCGUAUAGUACCAACAUGGGUUCCAAGAACAUUAAACUGGGAUUUAUCUGGCUUUCUUGUUAUCAACUUUAUGCACGAUUGGAAUGGUAUAAGGUUACCCUGCAUUUGCACUAAUGGGAAUGACCUGAGGACCAAAUUCUUAGUAGAAUUAUUGAAGUACAAGGACAAUGAAUCCAAAGACAACAUUCCAGAAGAAAUACAAGAAAUUAUUAGGCACAUCAGAUAGAUAUGAUUUUAUUUGUAAUGAUACUCAACUUAUUAUCCUAAUUAAUUUUAUUGCCUUUUAGGUUCGUAGUAUCGUUAGGAACAUUUGCCAACAUAUAUUUUAGUUAUAUGUUGCAAAUAUGAAGGCAGUUCAGAUUUCUGUAC